CCACUGAGGCCUCCAUUUUUCUGCAGGACGCCGACCCCAUCACGGCCCAAAGCACUUGCUGUAAAAAGUGAAAGCGAGGCGUCGACCAGCCCACCGGCCAAGCAGGCUGGCAGCGCGGACCCCCCCAGGGCUCAUCACAUUGUGUUCCUCAAGACGCACAAGACGGGGGGCAGCACGGUGCAGAAUCUGCUCUUCAGGCUGGGAGAGAAGGAGCGGCUGACCUUCGCCUUCCCCUACGCGUCCUUCCAGUUCUUCUACCCCACAAGGUUUCAAGCUGAGUUUGUGGAUGAGCUGCCCCUCGCCUCUUCCCACUUUGACGUCUUGUGUAGUCACACACGGCUGGACCUGGAGGAGCUCGGCAAGGUCAUGCCGGCGGACAGCGUCUACGUGACCAUUCUGCGAGACCCCGCCACCACCUUCGAGUCCCUCUUCAGUUACUAUCAGAACUCCAUUCCUGCUUUUUCUAAAGUUUCUGCAGCGACCGGCUCUGGUAACCUGACUGCUUUACUCUCAGCGUUUCUCGAGAUGCCAGAGUUUUAUUACAACGCGAGCAGCCCAGGAAAUGGCUUGGCCAAAAACCCCAUGACCUUUGACCUAGGCCUAGAUAACCAAGAGUGGGCUUCCACGUGGCCGGAGAUGCUGGAGCAGCUCAGCCACGCAUUUCAGCUCGUUAUGAUGGCCGAGUACUUUGACGAGUCACUGAUUCUGCUGAAAGACCUCCUGGGAUUGGAACACGAGGACCUGAUCUACGUGAAGCUGAACCUCCGGCAGGACUCUUACAGAACUCCUCUGACGGAGGAGAUGCUGGCCAGAAUGCAGUCCUGGAAUAGUCUGGACCUCCUCCUCUACAGCUACUUCAAGGAGGUCUUCUGGGAGAGGGUGAGGAGGUACGGACUGCAGCGCAUGGCCAGGGAGGUCUCCAUUUUGAAAUCCCUAGUUAAGGAGACAAGGCACCUCUGUCUCCAAGAGGAAGCGCUGCCCCCUGGUGAACUGGGGGAGAUGACGCGCCCCUUUCAGCCAGAGACCGCCAUCAUCCUUGGCUAUGCCCUCCAGCAGAACCUGACGGAGGACGACGCCUACUUCUGUCUGAGGCUCGUUCUGCCAGAGCUGCAGUACCACACGCAUCUCUACUUCCAACAAUACAAGCGAGAAGUGCCAAGCAUCGAGGAUUAGGCAGCGGGCAGGAGACCACCUCGCCAAAAUAUGCUGCAGCUUCAUCAUCAGCUGGGGGUAUUUUCCGUAUGUCGCUUAAAUCAUCCGAGAUCAGACAACUCAUUUUGGAUGAGUUAAAGCCGGUGACACUCAUCCAGAGACGUCGGUUUUUCAAAUGCAGCUGUGUAGUCGAUUAGUCGAGCUGGAUCUGAUCAUACGAGAUGAAUGUGUGUGCAAAUAUAUCGAGUCUAGAAAACAUGAUCAGCAAGUCUGUGAUAGGCUGUGACAAAAUGAUGAAAGAAUGGGCGCUUUUUUUUUUUCACACACACGCGGCGCAAGACCUCGAAGGACAUGAAGGAUUUCAAGAUUUAAUAUGCACAAGGGGUAACACUGCAAAAGCAGCCCAGACCAGAAAAGACGGCUGGCAAAAAGUGGCCGACAAAUUA